AUGGGCGUUGUCAACACUAAGAAUUCAGACAUUAACGAAUCUCAACGCCUGACUUUCAAAUCAGCUCUUGGUGGCCUCUCACAGCUGGGGCCCAGCCAGCGGGGAGCGCCCCAUGCCAUUAACACUGGCCGGUCCGUUUCCGUCACGGCAAAGAAGAAGUCUGGCACCAUCAGCCUGCCGUCGUUCUCCAAGAAGGCGACGACCAUUAAUGUCUCAUUUUCAGAAGAGGACUUCAGGGACAAGGUCCCGGUGGCCGAGUCACCAGCACCCCGCAUUCUCAGCAAAAUCGAGAAACUGAAGCUCUUGACAAAGCUGGAGGAGGCCCGUGUGCUGUCAACGUUGGAGAGCAGCGGCCUCACUCUCUCCAAGAUUGAGUCACUCGGUCUCCUGUCGAUCGCUGAGAGGCUUGGGGUGCUUUCUGCGACCUCAAGCAGGGCGACUCCAUACCUUGUGUACCUUGCUGCACUCGGUCUGCUCGCCGCUGGCCCCGCGGUCGUGUACCUGACCCCAGACGAGUCCACGGCUCAGGUGAUCGGCCAGUUCGCCAUCGCUGCCGUGUGUGCAGUGGGAGGUGCCGCGGCCUUUGGAGGCGCCAGCCUCCUUGCCUCCCUGCAGCAGAAGUAG